AUGGCCACUGAGUCUCCUCAAGCCGGCGUGCGCGUCGCAGCUACCCUUCCAGCCCUUUCUCUUCGCAAGAUCCUUCUCGUGCAUCUUAUCAUAUUCCAAGAGGCGCUAUUUGGCUGCCAUGUCUUCGGAAUCAGGAUAUCAUGGCUAAACCGAACGUCACGACCCGGCGUUCCGGAAGCGCUCUUCGACUACGAUCGAUCGGAAUCUGGGAGCCCGGAUCCAACACGACUGAGCCCGGGCAGUGAAUAUCGCGCAGUGGUCUUCAAGCACUAUUGCGAGACAUUUUGCAUCAUGAUGAAGCCUUUCGUAACCCGGCACCUCUGUGAGCUUCUCGACAUCGGCCACACGGUUACUUGGAUCAAUUUCAUAGCCAAACCGCAUUUCCGCAUACUCACAGAUUGGGCAGAGAUGGAUGAAUUGAUAUCCCACUCUUGUCUAUUGAUAUCCGAUGGUAACGAUGGGAACUAUGUCUUCGAUGGCACUGCCGAUCAAUAUGGACGAGACUGGAAGACACAUUGGUUCAUGGCACGGGAGGAGCUUGUUGCAAACUUUCUGGAUCCCAAGUACUCGGACCUGAGGGACAUUUGGACGACGGACGAACAGGGGGAGGUCGCCAAGUGCGAAAGGCUUGAGGGAAAGGAUUGCAGCCACGGAUACUGGGCGGUCGGAUACUGGGUAGUCGCGCGCAGGCGUAUGGAGCAGAUAUUCCAGGAGCUGAACUGGGCAUCUCUCCGUGGGCUGUCGGACGACGAUGUAGAGGAACGUAUCCGUUCCCUGAGCAUGGCCAAGUUUGAGGGGGCAUUCGAGGAAGCGCAGUUGGAUUAG